AUGCCAGGGCUGAAUCUCACGUACGAGUACUUCUGCGAGGUUGUUGGCCAACUCACUCGCCAUUCCUCGUCACCAGUAACCCCUGAAAACCUCAACCCUUUGAUCCAACGGGUCCUGACCCAGUUUGCUGGUUCUACCAUCUACGGAGUUGGAGGACACUCCGUCCUUAUAUCCAUUGCAAACAACAUCGGCGUUAAAAUCUCGUACACCCCAGGCGGGGAACACUUGCUCCACGAGCAGUCUGUUUUCCAGCUCAUUGCUUCAGAGCCAUGCAAGCAUAUAGCCCACUCCCUGUUCACCGGGCCAGACGUGAUAUUUAUGGAGCUAUUUCCAAAUGGCACCCUCUACGACCGCCUAUGGAAAGCCGACAAACCUUACCCUGUGCUACAAUGGAUGCAGCAGCUCUGUGAUGCCGCAGCCUGUCUGGAAUCAGUAGGAUAUGCACACGGAGAUAUCAACCCACGAAACAUCCUCUUUGAUGACCAAGACCAGAUUCGACUUAUCGACUAUGACUAUGCACUCAAGGUUGGAGAGACCGUAGAAGUGGGAUUUGAGCCAUAUGUUCGUCACCGCAAGGAGGAUUAUGGGAUAGCUGGGCCGGAUACAGAGCAGUUUGCUCUGGGCUCUGUGUUUUGGUUCAUGAGUCGAGGGACUGAGCUGUAUGCGGAUAUAGACGGUGCGGAAAGGGUCAACAGGCUUAUAGGCUGUAAAUUCCCGGAGCUAAAUGUCGAAAGUGACCCGAUCGAUGCAAUCAUUUACGACUGCUGGCAUGGGAAGUUUGAGUCCAUCGCAGCCCUAGCACGGCGCGUCCAACAGACUGUCCUCGACGAGAGUCUGAAGGGGAAGCGGAAGAUGUGCGAGGAGAGCUACAGCCGUAUCAGUGCUUGCUUGGAGAGCGCCUCCUGA